GAUUUAUUGGAAUUUCAACUAGAUAUCACUAUGCUUCCCCUACAUGGUCGCAGUUUGGCGAUUUUUAUAGUUACUACUAUUUUUUUGGGUAUUUCGUUCAUUGCAGUCUGUCUCAGAUGCUUCGUUCGAAUCAAGCUAGUCAAAGCCUUCGGGUGGGAUGACGGACUAAUGGUCUUUGCUAUGUUGUUGAAUAUUCUUUUUGCAUUAUGUGGAAUUACCGGCGCAUUUUAUGGUAUUGGCCAAAAGUCCAAACCACUCAUUGAACGAGGAACAAUCGAAACCGCCAUGUUUUGGUGGUGGCUUGGCCAAACUAGCUAUGUCUGGGUCUGUGGAGCAGCAAAGAGCUCAAUCGCUCUGGCUUUACUCCGUCUUACUGUCUCUCGUGUGCACAAAAUGGCCCUAUGGGCCGUGAUUUGUGUGACUACUGUUGUUGGCUUAGUAUUCUGGUUUAUGUUGACACUUCAGUGUCACCCAGUCACCUACUUCUGGGAGCGGGCUCGCCUUUAUACCGAUGCAGAGGCUGACGUUCAUGGUCAUUGUAUGAAUCUGGAUGCCCUUGUCGACAUCGCAUAUGUCUACAGUGUCACUGCUACCUGUUGCGAUUUGACCUUGGGACUUCUUCCUGUAUUCCUUGUCUGGAAUUUACAGAUGAGUACCCGCACCAAGGCAGCAUUAGCGGGUAUCUUGAGCAUGGGAUGCGUUGCCAGCGCAGCUGUUAUCAUUCGUAUCCCCUAUCUUCACGACUACAAAGACGAGAACUUCCUCUAUGCAACAAGCAAUAUCUCCAUCUGGUCCAAUGUUGAAGCAAGUCUAGGUAUUGCAGCCGGCAGUCUUGUCACCCUCAAGCCUCUUUUCCGUUGGUUCCGGGAUCCGAGCUAUGCAGGCACUCGGAGCAAGCGCACUGGUGGUAGUUUGCCACUGGAUAGCGUGAAUGCAGGACGAUCUGGCGAUCCUUCAGGGCCGAAAUAUUGGCGACCCGAUCUAAGUUCCGACGACAACCGCGCGGUCAUUACAACCAUUCACACUUCAAAUCAUGAUAGUCGCACGAGUAGUCAAGAGGACUUGAAUCCGAACAAGGGCACAUUCUUCAGCGGAGUGAAUGUGCAAAAGACUUUCUUUGUUUCUGAAGAUGAAUAA